UAUCAUGAACGGACUAUUACUAAUCCAGGUCUUCUCGCUCGUGGUAUUUUUUAAAAUUAUCAAUGCAAAAAAUAAAGAUCUCCCGCCGCACGUCGGAAGGAUGACAAAAAGCACAGCCCCCUCCACGGGGAUCUCCAGGACGCCCCACCCCUCGGUGAACCUGACCAAACUGCCGCACGAAAACCGCGGCCAACGCGAGUCCAAUCCGCCGACCACCGAAGCCUUCACUGGAAGAGACGGGGCUUAUUCUCAGCCAGGCAAGGCGAGAGGUGAACGCUCUCACGGGCGUCUCCGGCUCACCCCUCCGCGUUUCUUUGAAGCGGGGAACGGAGAGGGACCGAGGGGCAGGGUAAAGACGGGAGUACAUCCCGAGAGGCGAGCGGGGUGGCCACCGGGCGACUUCCCAGAUCUUCUGAUUUCGUUCCAUCAAGAUAAAUCCAAGCUGAACAGGUCUCCCACCUACCAUACCCUCCUGGCCAAGAGUAUGCGGCCAGAUUCUUCAGUGUACCCGUCCCACAGCCGUGAAGGUUCCCAACUCAGUGACACGCGUGGUGUAACAAGACGGGGCGAAAGAGUUCCAAGUUCGGGCGUGGACCCCGAGGAGAACCGGCCCAGAAAGUCCACACGCCACAGAGCCAGGGACACAAUAAAUGGCAUCAGCUCCCCGUCGGAAGCUGGCCGCCGCACGUUGAGCUUGUUCUACCAUUUUAACGUACUCCGAGAAGAUUACAACAAGCAGUUGUGCUCAGUUGAAUGCAGGAAGGAAAAGAACGAGAGAGAGUUCUACUGCAGCAGUGAUUUUGCAAUCAAUGGCAUUGUCCAUGAUAUAAUAACCCUCGAUAAAGGACUGCAAAUGGUGACGUUAUUGGUGGAUAGCCAUGGAUUCUACCGCAUGGGGCGGCUGUAUGUCACACCAGAUGGAUUCUUCUUCAAAGUGCACAUUCUUGUGGUUGAUACAUUCAACUGUAGAAGACUUUGUCCUGACUUAAAGUUUGGUGGCAGGUACAUCAUGAUGGGUCUGAUAUAUCACAGAAGAUACCCACUACCCAUGUGGGUACAAGAACGUGUUUCUGGGAGGCUCAAGCCUGGUGAUGGGCUGGUGAAGAGCAGCAGCUAUGUGAGAAGAUUUAACAAAAAGAGAGACCAGAAAGUCCAGCUGUUGCGUGACGGGAACUGUGGAACCACUUUCUGA